AUGGAUUUAUCCGUAAAAACCAUGCACGACACAUUCAAAGAUGAAAUCUGGAAAGAGCUGGGGCCUUUAAACCCAAACUGGUUUGAAGUACUGACUGCUCAAACGUCUCCUAAGGAGAGGAUUGUCGCUGAUAAGGAUGACCUGUGUGCUAAUCAAGAGGGGAACUUUAAAACACCUUCUGAGAAAACUGCAGUGGACAGUCAGCUGUUUUCAACCCCCAACGUUUUCAGACACAGUCGAGUUGUGUCUCCUGAAACCAAGGAUGAGCAGUCGUUCACAAAUACACAUGGAAGAGGAUCUUUACCAUGGACGGCAACACAAAGUCCCUGCUUAUUUCAGGUGUCAGGACAGGGUGUCCCAGGUGAGAAAUGUGAAGGUGUCGAGCCUCAGAGUGAGGACAGUUUUGAUAUACACAGUACACCAGACAAGUCUAUGACAAACUACGUCAAGCAUAUUUCUGAAAGUCUUGGCGCUCAGAUUAAUCCCGACAUUUCAUGGACAAGUUCUUUGAAUACACCACCAGCAGUGCCAUCCACCCUGAUUUUAUCUAAACCUGAUGAAAGUCCCUGUCCAUUGAGCGUUACUGCAGACAGACAUUUUGUUUUUGUACGAAAGCUUUUCCCUUCACUUUCAAAAGCAUCAUCAUUUGUGGUACCAAAAAACAAAACCACGCCUUCUGUUUCCCAAGAUGCCGUUUCUUCUGAGGCCUGGAAAUGCCUUCAGACCGAGGGUGUUUGCCAACAAAAACCUCCAGAUGCUGUUGAAGAUGAAGUUUGUUACCAAGCAGAAGAAAACCUUGAUGGAGCUAAAAAUAUGGACUCCGCUUUCUUUGCCAACAGUAGUUCAGCUCUGAGAAAAGUGAAACCAGUCAGAGUCAAACGUAAACAACUCAUUCAGGCAAAAGAGAAGAGAUGCAGUGUUAAAGCUAUCGCAGUAAUACACAAUUCUUCAUCCAGUGAAGACGUAACAGCUGAUCUGGAAUCUGGUAGAGUAUCCUUAACCCCACUGGCAAAAACUGAAGAUCCUGCAGUCAGUCAGUGGUCUCCUUUAAACUUAUCUGAAAUCCCAUUUUGUACACUGGAGAGCAAUAUUUUGACUAAACAACAGCAAGGUGAUGACACAGAUCCUGUCCAGCUCUUCAGACCAUCAAUGACAAUCACAGACCCUGGAUUUAAUAAGAAAAAGAGAAAAUUUGUUUAUACAAUACCAACUAUGAAAAGACAAGUUCAAGAAAAAGAAAGUCAGUCUCUAACGAUGGACCCACCAUUUGGAGUUUCAGAUUCUGGACAAGAAGUGAAUGUCCAACCACUGGAGAAAGCCUCUGGUGCGUGCUGCAGCACAGAGAGGAAUACUGUCCAGAAUCAAAGACAAAAUGUUGGAGAAAACUUGCCUUCCUCUGGAGGAGCCAAAGUCCAGGAUUUUGACAUGUCUCUGCUUUGCAAGGAGUUUGCACAAGACUUUAGCCAAGGAGCACCUUCUGGCCAUCUAGAUAAACUAGCAAAGGCUACUUUAAAUGACUUCUUUCCUGCAGCCUGUCUCUCAGCCAUCAAACAUUCAAAGCAGAAAGUAAAGCAAGCUGAUCUCCAGGAAACUGGUGACAUCGGAAACAGAAGACAAACUUGCUCCGUUAGCAAUGUUACUAUAACUGACAGUGGAUUGCAGUCUGGUGUUACAGACGUCACUCAUAUGACUGCCUCAUCAGUUGUUCUUCCGCACUCAGAAAUCAUUGCUCAAAGUCGGCAAUGCAUGUUUUCAUUUACAAAAGAAGAAAUUGAGAAAGAACAUAUGGAAGUAGAAGAAAAUGCCACUGUGCAGAAAUGCAUGAAAAGGCCAACACUGGACUCUGGUAAAGAUAGUGAAUCACUUUUAAAGAACAAACCAACAUGUCCGUCCAGCAGUGCAGAAGAAGUUGUGUAUAAAAGUGACUGUAUAUCAUUAGGUGAUCAGAUCUGUGACAGUCUGCCAAAGAAAACUGACAUUUAUCUUUCAUCUGCCUAUUCAUCAGGAUUCAAAACUGCUUCAGAUAAAGGUAUACACAUCUCCUCAGCCAAUCUGAAGAGAGCCAAGAGUUUCUUUGACGAAACUGAAGGUAAAAGGACCUUAAGUAAUCAAUCCACCACGUAUGACCACUCUGCUAGGCAUGACAUCAGUCUGAGCAGUGGGUCUCUGCCAAGUAAAACUAACUCAAACCAACUAUCUCACAUGGAAAAAACUUUUGGAAAUGUCAGUUCUCAGUUAACAGCUUCAGAAAAAGCUGAUGUGACAGAACUGUGCUCUCUCUUAGAAAAAGCUGACAGUCAGUUUGAAUUUGCUCAGUCCAAAACUGUAAAACAGAUAGAUCAAGAUGAUGCCAGUCGUUCACAAAAACCUCACAGAGAACUUGACCCAGAUUUUCUUGCUGGGAUAGAUUUUGAUGACAGCUUCAAUUCUGAUGGUGGAAAGCACUCCUCAGUCACUGAGAUGCUUGACAAGAUGGCCUUGGUUUCAGAUCAGUCCACGUCAUCGUCAACUGCACUGAAAAAUGAGAACGCCUCUGUAACUCCUUUCUCCGAGAACGUUUCUAAAGACAAGAAUUGUCAUAUGUUAACUGGACCCGGUUUUCACCGAGCUGAGUGUGGUAAAGCAAGCGAACUGAACACCAACGAUCCUUUGAUGCUUGCUCUGGCAUUUACAACAGCAGGAGGAAAUACGAUGAGAGUUUCAAAAAAGUGUCUGAGCAAAGCCAGAGCUUUGUUUGCAGAUUUGGAGGAGAAUCCAACAGAUCAGAAACCACCAGACAACCAAAAUGAUCCAAUUUGUGCCAAAACCGAUCAAAACUACAUCGUGGACUUUGACACGUGCAAGGAGGAUUUGAAGUUCACCUUCAAGGAUAGCUGUCAUGUUGAGAAGAAUGUUCAGGAUGAUUCUUCCAAACUGGACCAGUUUUUAUGUUCAAACAAACAACUGAGUGAUGGAGAGAAGGAUCGUAGCAAGAGUUUUAAAAAUAACAAAAUGGACACACAAAUGUUUCAAAGUGAUUUCCACAUGGCUAGUGGAAAAGACAUCUCUAUUUCUGCAAAGUGCAUGCAACAAGCAGAUGCUUUUUUUAAAUAUGGUACUGUAAUGGAGCAUGAAGAUGACAUGUCUUAUAAAAACAUAAAAGGGCCACCUAAAAGCAUUGAAAAUAAGAAAAGUUUUUCAAAAUACACAAACUUACAGACCUCUGAGGAAUCUAAUGUAAAUGCAGGACUGACUGCACUUCACACUAAAGCACCAUGUGUGGAUGGAAUGAACAAGAGCAGUAAUGGUCCACUUGCUCUGAAACAUCCAGAGACUUCAGAGCCAUUUUCCGCACCUGCUGAUGGAUUCUGUACAGCCAGUGGGAAGAAAGUCUCCGUGUCAGCUAAUUCGUUGAAAAGAGCUGAAUGUCUUUUGAAUCCAAUCAAUACACAUGAGGACCUAAACGUACAACUUAACCAAAAGGAAAAUGCAAAAAGUACAGGAAAUCGCAGUGAUGAGGGUUUAAACGCAGAAAAAACAGGAUUUCAGACAGCUAGUGGGAACAAAGUUGCCAUUUCAUCAGCAGCUCUAAAGAAAGCAAAAGCUAUGUUAAAAGAAUAUGAAGGAGGAGAUGAUGAAAUGGGUAUUUCCUUACUGCAUCCCAAAAGAGAAGCUCCUGCUACCAGUCCACCAAUGUGUAACUCUGAUGUUUCUGCAACCAGUGGUAAAUCGGUGGUGCCAUCUGAGGACUUGCAGACUAAUACGAUCUUCCCUGAGGAAAAACAUGAAGCCAAUACAGAGAAAAGGCACUGUGGAUUUACAACUGCAGGUGGAGCGAAAGUUUGCGUAUCCCAAAAGAAUCUUUUAAAAGCCAAAGAUCUUUUCAAGGACCUUGAUGAUCUGCCUUUAACUAAAGUCAUGCAAGAGUCUGAUGCAUAUUUUGAAUGUGAUGUGGAUGGCAGUAAGAGAACAUCUGCAAAAAGCGAGAAAGAUAGUGCAGAUGUGGGUGAGGAGGAAAAUCGUGGCAAACUUUGUCCAGAUCAAAGUGUGAGGGCAAACAUUUUUGAAGAACCUAUUAGAAGAUCUGCUGAGGGCACAAGCAAACAAGAAAAGGCCUUCCCACAACAGAACGGUGGAUUUCAGACAGCCAGUGGAAAAAGAGUCAACAUCUCAUCCAAAGCUUUAAAACGAGCAAAAACCUUGUUAAGUGAUUGCGAAGGAGUUGAGAAUAAAACAAGUUCAUAUCCAAUGCAGUCUAAAGUUGGUGUUCUGCCAUGCAGGAAUGCUGGAUUUCUUUCUGGCCGUGGUCAACCUGUAUCCGUUUCAUCUGAGGCCCUUGAAAAAGCCAAAGCACUUUUCAGUGAUGUUGGUUUUUCUUCAGAAAUCCCAGACAUGACUAUGAAAAGUGACAAGAAACAAAACGGUGGGAACACUAAAGAGAAAAUACAUUGUGGCUUCACAACUGCAGGUGGCGCUAAAGUCCACGUGUCUGAAAAAAAUCUUUUCAAAGCAAAACUUCUCUUUGAAGACUUUGACAGUUCAGCACAAACAAGCCUAGAAGCAGAUGUUUCCUUUACAAAGGACAAAGUCUGCACAGUAAGCAGCAACAGUAAAAGAUCAUCAGGAAGCAAAAGUAAAGCCCUUUUUAGUGAAGGUGACAAUGUGUAUGGAAAUAUAUUCAAGCCAAAACCGGUGACAAGAAAUAUUUCUGAUGAGCCUGAAAAUGGAUUCACUCAGGACCUAAAUGAACAAGUGAAACAAAAAGAAGGUGCUUUACUUCAGCAAUGUGGUGGGUUUCAGACAGCCAGUGGAAAAACGGUUGCUGUAUCGUCUGAAGCUCUGACAAGAGCAAAAACCUUGUUAAAUGAAAAUGAAGGAGCUGAAGAUAACAUCCAUGUUUUAUUGCCAUUUUCCAAGAUUCCUAACACUGAAGCGUUUCCUUUGAAAAAUGGGUUUUCUUCAGCCAGCGGUAAACCUGUAACAUUUUCAUCUGAGACUUUACAAAAAGCUAAAGCUUUUUUCAGCGACACCAGUUUGAGUACAAACAUCCCAAGUCUUCAAGACUCAAAGAGGAGUGAUGAGAAACAUGCUGCUCAACGUAAAGCUGAUGUACACUGUGGUUUUACGACUGCAGGAGGAGGAAAAGUCCUCAUUUCGGAGAAAAGUCUUUUAAAGGCAAAACAUUUUUUUAAAGAAUUUACUGAUGGGGAGCACCACGGUUCAUUCUCACACUCACCAAGACCUCAAAACCCAGCGAAACAGGAGUUAUCAGAAGCAAAAGAUGUGGAAAGAACUAAUAAUGUUGCCCCUGCUGGUGAUGGGAUUAAUGCAAAGAGAAGUGAUCCAUGUGACGUAAGGUCAUUUUCUACUACAGCAGGAGUAGACGACAUUCUUGAGGAGUCAAGCAUGCUGGAUUGUCACUUUAAUCAGAUGAGCUACAGCAAGAAAGCUGAAGUUGUGAGAGCAAAUGAGUCUACAGAUCUUAACUUGCAGUUACUAAACCUCACGGGCUGCACAGAAACUCAACAUAAGUUUAUUGCACAAGAAGCUCUGGACUGCACUAAAGCCCUGCUGGAAGAUGAAGUUCUGGCUGGCCAGAAUCUCCCAGUGACUUCAGAAGAUACAACACUGCCACCUGACCCGAAGUUAAGCAGCAGAUCUGCAGAGGAGGACAAUGGAAGCAGAAAAAGAUUUUUGGAAGUUGCAACUUGCACUGGUCAGCCUCCUUCUAAAAGAAGAUUACUGGAUGAAUUUGAUCGAACUGUUGAUAGUUCAAAAGGUUCCGCUCUCCAGCCUGUAAAAAGUUCUCCAACUGGUUUUAUAAAAGACAGGGGAGUUUUCAAGUACAGUGCCUCACUUCGUCCAAACAUCACAAACCCUCACAGCGGUCCAAAACACUUCAAGCACACAAGAUUCCAAAACCCAACACCACCUCAACAUUCAGCCCCAAGAGAUGGCAGAGCAUCACACUCGAAGAUGCUGGUUUUUGUUCCACCAUUUAUCAGAAAUGCAAUAAAAGGGAUGCCCAAGAAUCCAGAGCCCAAAGAAAACAGCAGAACGCCUGUGUUUGUUCCUCCAUUCAAAAAGCAAAGAUUGCAAGACAGCUCCUCUAAACAACAAGAGGAGGAUCAACGACAUGUUCCCUCUACAGUAGAGUCCAACAGCAACACCUAUGUACCACCUGCAGUAAGAACUCAGACUGCAGAUGUUGUUGCUUCAGUUGAAUCUGAAAACCCAAACAUGUCAAAUAUUCAAGGUGUUCCUGUAAACACUGAGGUAAACCAUUCUGAAGCAGAGGCAUCGGUUGUAGUCGACUCAUUUUCCAAAAACCCAGAUGGGCAUCAGAACAUUGAGCUGGCACGGGCUGUGCAGGACAUGAGGAUCAGGAAAAAGAAGCGGCAGAACAUUCGACCUCUACCGGGGAGCUUGUUUCUGACGAAGACCUCCGGCAUUGCAAGGAUCCCGUUAAAAGUUGCAGUGAAUGGAAAGAACCCGGCAAAAUACAACCCCAAACAGCUUUAUGAGUACGGAGUCCAAAAGAAUGUUUCUGAGGUCACAAGUGAGACUGCAGAGUCGUUUUGCUUCAAUUUGCUGCAGUUUGUCAAACAGGAAACCUUUAUCGAUGGAGGGGGUGUUCACCUUGCUGACGGGGGAUGGUUAAUCCCCAGCAAUGAUUGGACAGCAGGAAAGGAAGAAUUCUAUAGAGCUUUAUGUGACACUCCUGGUGUGGAUCCUAAACUGAUUAGUGAGGCGUGGGUGUCCAAUCACUACAGAUGGAUCGUGUGGAAGCAGGCCUCCAUGGAAAAGUCUUUUCCAGAAACAAUGGGCAGCCUUUGUCUCACUCCGGAGCAGGUUCUUCUACACCUGAAGUACAGAUACGAUGUGGAGGUGGACCACAGCCACAGGCCGGCUCUGAGGAAGAUCAUGGAAAAGGACGACGCAGCAGCCAAAACUCUGGUUUUAUGUGUUUGUGAGGUAGUUUCCAGAGGUCACUGUCCAAACAUGCAGAGUCGCAGCGACACUAAAACACCUCAAAGAGCUGACGCCAACACAGAAGCAUCGUGUGCGGUCGUCCAGCUUACAGAUGGUUGGUAUGCCAUCAGAGCUCAGCUGGACGAACCUUUGACUGCCAUGCUUCACAAAGGUCUACUGACUGUUGGUGUCAAGCUGAUCAUCCAUGGGGCUCAGCUAAUGGGAUCACAAGAUGCUUGUUCCCCUCUGGAGGCACCUGAUUCCCUCAUGUUAAAGAUUUGUGCCAAUAGCAGCAGACGUGCACGAUGGGAUGCUAAGCUGGGAUUUCAUAGAGACCCACGGCCAUUCCUGCUCCCACUCUCCAGUUUAUACAGCAGUGGGGGACCUGUGGGAUGUGUUGAUGUCGUUAUUCUGAGAAGCUACCCCAUACAGUGGAUGGAGAGAAAAGCAGAUAGAGGUGUUGUGUUCCGGUCCUCUCGAGCAGAAGAGAAGGAGUUGAGACGAUACAACAACCACAAACAAACGGCCAUGGAGGCGCUCUUUGCCAAGAUUCAAGCUGAAUUUGAAAAAGAGGAGAAAGGGAACGGCAAACCUCAGCAGAGAAGGCAGUCAAUCAGCCAUCAAGAUUUUGCAAGUCUCCAGGAUGGAGAGGAGCUGUAUGAAGCGGUUGGAGAUGACCCAGCUUACCUAGAGGUGCACCUAAGUGAACAACAGUCGGAGACUCUUCAUGCCUACAGGCGUUCGUUGAUGGAGAAGAAGCAAGCUGAGCUGCAGAAUCGGUAUCGCCGAGCUUUAGAGGCAGAGGACAACAAACUGAGCUGUCCCAAAAGGGAGGUCACGCCUGUGUGGAGACUGUACAUCGCUGACUCCAAGGCCCAAUCCAACCACGUUUAUCAGUUGAAUCUUUGGCGGCCUUCCUCAGACCUUCAGUCUUUACUGAAGGAAGGCUGUCGGUACAAGGUUUAUAACCUGGUUGCCUCAGCUGUACAGAAACGAAGCGGCAUUGAAACACUUCAGCUCACUGGGACAAAGAAAACACAGUUUCAGGACCUACAGGUUUCCCAAGAAUGGCUGUCGGACCAUUUCCAACCAAGAGUCUCUACGAACUUUGUGAAUCUUCAAAAUGCUGAAUUCCUGUCUCUGUGUGAAGAAGUUGAUCUCACAGGAUAUGUUAUCAGCGUCAUCGAUGAACAUGGCUCCUCUCCUGCUUUUUAUUUGGCUGAUGGGAAACUGAACUUUGUGAAGGUGCGCUGUUUCAACAGUUUGUCUCAGGCCAGCCUUGACGAUGUGAUAAAGCCACGUACCUUUUUGGCUCUGAGCAACCUGCAGCUCAGGGGUCAGUCCUUACAUCCAACUCCUGUUGUGUACGCUGGGGAUCUGACAGUCUUCUCUACAAAUCCCAAGGAUCUUCAUCUCUUGGAAUCCCUCAACCAACUCAAAACCCUGGUCCAGAGUCGAGACAACUUUUUUGAAAUUGCUGAAGAAAAGCUUUCACUUUUAAACAAGUCCGACGGCACAAAGUUCAUCUCCUCUCCAUCACUGCAACUACAGACCCCAGUCUCUGAAGCAGACAGGAAGCAAGACUCAAAGACAAGUGUGACAUUUCAGAAACUAGACCAAAGCCUCGGGUCGUUUACACCCAUCAGCAGGAACCCUCCGGCAGGAACAUCUUCAUCUGAACAGGACACCAAAAGCCUGAAAAGACAAAGAGCUCUGGAUUAUUUGUCUCGAAUCCCGUCUCCACCACCUCUGUCUCAUCUGGCCUCAACUGUCUCUCCAUUUGUAAAUAAAACAUUUAACCCCCCUCGGAGGUCUGGGCUGCCCAGCACGUCAAAAUCUGCUCAAGCUGUACUAAAACCCACCACCUCUCUGUUGGAGGCUGGAUGGGUGAACGAUGAAGAACUGGCUAUGAUUGAUACUCAGGCUCUGCUUGUUGGUGAUUUAUUGUAGGUGGACAUGACUGUAUGUUGACAACAACUUUU